UCUCCAAAUGUAUUGAAGGGGCGAAGGGCUGAUCGUGUGUAACGUAUAGCGGCAAAGCACGUGAAGCAACACUCAGAGAUAAGCCAUGGAUGUUGUUGCCAUUUCUGACGAUGAGCUUGAAGAAUCCAACAUGAUCUGUGAUGAUCUAUCAUUACUGGAAGAAGACGAACCCCUGCCUGAUUAUCUCUGGGCUCAAGAUGAAGACGUUCCAGGAGACAAUGAACUCAUAACCGAGUACGCAGUGCAAACUAUUCACUCCGAAGAUCCUUGUGAUGAAAUUAGUGACAGCUCUGAAAAUGAUUCCAGCUGCCAAAGCGAAGUACAUCCUGACCAACGGGAUCAGAUAAAGAAAAAUACACGUCGCCUAAAUAAAGUUAACAUUUUUCGCUUCCGUAAAAAACUAAACCAGCUGGACAGUAUGCAGAAAGAAAAGGAAUUAAUAAUUGAAAAAUUCAGGGAAGAGCUGACUGCCUGUCGGCAGAGGAUUGAGGUUCUGGAGCAACAAAAAUCUGCUGCGGAAAUGGAUAUUCAGACAGAGCAGGAAAAUAAUAAUACCGCUGCUUUGUUUCGGCUGCGAGCUUUGCAUAAGCGAUUGUGCGCUGACCUGGUCAAUGAGCAAGACGUGGAGUCGCAAGUGGCUGUCAUACUGCAAGAAAACGAGUGCGACCUCUGGCAUAUAGAGGUGGAGCAGGGAAAAUUUACCAGCCUACGCGAGAAGCUUCAACAAGACGAAGAAGAGUUAGAAAGGCAGCGCAAAGACUUGGCGGACCAGAGGAUCCAGAAGGAGAAGGGGUUCCAAAUUGUUGCAGAGCACAAGAGGCAGAAAGAAAAACUCCAAGAAAUAAGGACAUUGAAAGAGCGGGAGCAGCGCUAUCGAAAGGCAAUGGAAGAUGCCCAGAGGAACCAUGAAAAGGCUGUACAGUUUCUGAAGGAAACAAUGACCAGAGUUCGUGAGAAGGAAACCGAAAAAGAAAUGAAGAGCAGAGAAGAAAUGGAGAAAAGAAUGCAGGCGGUUCUGACUCUGAAAAACAACAUUUCUGCCAACCGGGAGAACCUACGAGUCAUUGAAGCUCGGAAUAAAGCAAAAGCCACCAUGAUGAAGAAGCAGGAUAUGCUGGAAAAGGACAAUGUGCUGUCCAGAGGGGAAGAUGCUACGAAGUUUAUGAUCCAUCAGAGGAGACUUCAGGAGUUUGAAAUAAAGAAACAAGAAUUUGAAGAGAAGCAAAGAAUACGGAAACAAGAAAUCAUCAGCCGGCUUUUGCAAGAGGAAGCCAACCAAGGGAAAAAAUUAUCCUCCUCCAUACGAGAGAACAACAAACAGAAACAAAGUAAACUCAGAAGCAAAACAAUACAUUACAUCGAGUCAGUUAUCCCCGCAGACCAGGAGAAUGAACCAGAAAUUACAAAAUCAAAAAAAUGGCGGUCUGUUUCCAGUUUGUCAUCUGAUGAAGACGAUAGCACUACCGGGCAGCAAUCACCAAGCGUGGUUCCAGAGAAAGCCUACCACACUGAAGAAGUUGACAGUGAAACCUUUGCUCAGCCUGAAUUUAUGGGAUUAUGGAAUGAAGACCACAAGCCAUAUAAGGUGCCGAAAGAAGAAACUGAAGUUAAACCACUAUGGGGCAGUAAUAUGGAGAUUAUGGCGGAGACACGGAGCAAAAUCCAAAAUGGAACGACUCAAAAACAAGCAGUCUCGGGACAUGAAUACAAAGGGUGCCCUUUUUAUUACAAGCCAAAUGUUAUUCACUUUAAGGACCUUGAAGUGGGUAAAGUCUACAAGAAAAAAGUAACACUGACCAAUGCAUCGUAUACAAUAAAUUUUUGCAAGCUCGUCGACGUCAGCCCCCAUCUGAAGGAUUUCAUCUCCAUACAGUUUGAUCCACCUGGACAGCUGUCAGCCGGCAUGUCGUGCGAAGUCACUGUUACAUUCACUCCGAUGGUAAAUGAAGAUCUUGAAGGAGAGGUGAUGUUUUUGGCCAAAACUGGUGCUUUUUCCAUUCCUGUUAAAUGUACAACAAAGAAAUGUGAGCUGUCCGUAGAGAAAGAGCGCAUGGAUUUUGGCACUCAGGUGGUUGGGGAAACAAUAACUCAAAUCAUCACUCUGACAAACAGAGGCGCUCUUGGAACAAGAUUCUCCAUCCGGACAAUAACUCAAGAUAAUGGAGCACACACAGCAGUACAAGAGAUGCCCUCGGAGGCUUCUCCAAGAUUGGAUGAUUCUGUGUCUAAAGACAAAGAUACUGAUUUGAGAGCUGAGUCUGGAAAUCACGAUGAGAUUGAGAAACCAAAAUCUCGCCAAACAAAAAGUGUCUGUGAAUCGACCAGUCCCCGGAGCAUCGACACGCAAGAGGCCAGGAGCGUAGAAGUGGAGACAAGCGUGGGGAUAGAGCGUGUCAGUAAAGAACAUUCUACACUCCACGAGGACUCCUUAAAUGAAGUUGAACAGCCACAAGUUGAGUCUGAGGAGGAACUGAUAGAAAUCAAGCUGGGAGAGGUGACAGGAGGUGAAAUUGGUCCUUUUACGUCAGUGAAAAUUCCCAUUAUUUUUGCGCCUACAUUUCCAGGGACUGCUCAUGCCUUAUUCGAAGUUUCCUUUGACGACCCUAAUUCCAAACAAAUUUCUGUAACAGCCAUUGGAACUGCCGUAGAUGUUCCUGUCUACGUUUCAAAUUCUAACAUUGACCUGAAGAUAUGUACUUACGACAGGUUGUAUCAAGACAGUAUUGUUGUUAAAAACAGAGCCACCACUGCCCUGCGAUUAAAGUUUGAGGUUUGCAAAGAACUGAAAAACCACAUGGAGCUUCUCCCGAAAACUGGGUUCAUUCAAGCGCAGUCUUCGUUCAGCGUGCAGCUUAAAUUUAUACCACGGCUUUCUCUUUUACAAGAUGCCGGAGCUUACUUUGACAAGGAAACUGGAGUUUUAGAGGCGCCGAUGACCAUUUCAGUUGCUGAUCAGACCCGGCCUAUCCAUUUUACCGUCAGUGCCGUAAUCACCACGUCGGAUUUGGAAAUCAGCCCAGCUGUAGUGGAUUUUGGAUAUUGUACAAUCUAUGAAGCUGUCCGGUCAUCUAUUCAACUUACAAACAAGUCAAUCCUUCCCCAAGAGUAUGGCUUUGUGGGGAUCCCAGAGUAUGUGGAGAUCCAACCUGCGGAUGGCUUUGGAACCCUUCUGCCUUUGGAGACAGUGACCCUGGAUGUAAUAUUUAGAGCAGCAAAAGCAAAGGAGUACGCAUUUGAGCUUACGUGCAAAUCGGCUAUCAACAGGCAGUUCCGAAUUUCCUGUAAAGCUGUUGGAGUUCAUCCCCCCCUUGAAUUAUCUCAUUCAUUGAUACAGUUCCCUGCAACAGCCUUAAAUGAUAUCUCCACUGCAACUCUCUACGUCAUCAAUUCACACACCAGUCGCAAUGAGUUCACCCAUCCUGUUCCAAGGAUUGGCGGCGGAGAUAUCGCUCCGGUUGGACCAACGUCGUUCGAGAUCCAUGUGCCGGACGAUGUUCCCGUGACUGUCUCCCCGUCAGUUGGCACCGUUUUACCAGGGGAGCGGUGCCUAAUCCAGGUGUCCUAUAGACCAACCCUUUCCGAUCGAGAAAUCAGAGAGGAGGCCCUUCGGUUAUUAUCGAAAGCCAACGAAGCUAAGGCCCUGCUGGAAAAAAAGACCACGGUAUCGACAGAAAGUGAAGUCCAGGGCAAAAGGGAAAAAAGAGAUCUGUCAGCCAAUAAAGAAAGAAGAAAGCAAGCGUCAUCCACCAAGAGAGAGAAAAAACAACUUCCAUCUCCCAAACAGAAGGAGAAGACCCCAAAGGCUCCUGAGACUGUUCCCCCUGAGUUGCCGGGAAUACAAGAUAUAAAAGUCAACUCCGAUGAGUAUGUUGCCGCUCAAACAUCUGUCUAUCGAAGAUUUGCAGGAACACUGGAGAAAUAUAUUAUACCCUGCUUUAUUGCCAGCUGUGACAUCAGCAAAAGGAAGGACCAGGAGUUAAACUUCAGCCCUUACAAUACCCUCUUCUUGGAGCUGCACUGCCCGGCUAUAACGCCUCCUCUGCUUGUUACCUCUGAUAACGGACGACACCACGUAGACUUCGGAGAAGUGGCAACGGGUCAGCGUGUAGUAAGAAGAGUGACUCUGCAGAACAUUUCCUUGGAGCCUUUGGAACUUGGUUUUUCCAUUUUUAAUCCCUGCGGGCCUUUUGUGUUACUAAAUAUUGUUAAAACAGUAGAGCCUGGAGCCAGCUGCUUCCUCCUCAUCGCUUUCUCACCUUGUGAAAAUAAAACGUUUUUUGAGACCCUUGAAGUUCGCUCUCCAAGAGCAACCUUAACACUUGGCCUGAAAGGAAAGGGUAUUGCUCCUUCUGUGUCCUGCUCCUUGGAUGGAGGCAUCAUGGAUAUGGGAUAUGUUUUAUCUAAAGACAGCGUCACAUCAACAUUUCAGCUCCAGAACACGUCUACGGUUCCGGUGAAUUACUCGGUGAAUUUAGGGAGUCUUUCUGUGAACAGAUACAGCGAACUACAGAAACUUCCAAGAUUUCUUUCCUGCCAGAAAAAGUCUUCAGACUUAGUUGGAACACAAAAUUACAAUGGUUUAAGCGUAUUCGGUGUGUGUCCAGUAGAGGGCACGAUAGACCCUGAAAAGUCCCAUGAAAUCACCGUCACAUUCAGCCCUGACCAUGAGAGCGUGCAUUAUUCUGAUAGCCUCACAGUGGAGCUCUAUGGCAAGCAUACGGUUCAUACGAUCCAGCUGAAAGGAGCAUCUCGGGACCAUAUAAUGUAUGUAGAGGGAGGCGAUCCGAUGGAUGUUCCUGUCGAGUCUCUGGGCAUUAUCCCUGAGUAUGAAGGAGAUGAGCAGACGAAGACACUUCUCCUGACGUUUCGGUGUAUCCAGACCGAAGCCGAUCUUAAACCAGCUGUUCGGGACCUUCGUGUCGGCUGCAUCCGUACCACGGCACUAGCCACAAAGAAAGGUGGAGAAUUCUUCUGGGACAAUGUGCAGCUUUUACAGCAGAAAGGAUUCACUAUUGAGCCCGUAAAGUCAGCGGUUGACGCUGGACAACAUAAAACAGUAUCAUUACGUUGGGUCCCACCUGCGGGUUAUGAUCCAAGCAAACCGGGAACCACCAUGGCCAAGCUGACUCUGAAAGGCGAUAUUACCGAGUCAUACCAGGUUAUCCUGGCAACACAAGUUGUGUCGGUGUGAAAGAACACAGGAUCUUUCUACAGAAUCACUUGGAAACAUACAAGACAUAUUUGUGCCAUCCGGAUAUAUACGACCAAUUAAUUUUUCCAUGGGAAAUACGAAUGUAACACCUACAAUUAAAUAACUGUUUGCGAUAGAAUUAUAUUGUAACACGUCCAGUGCAUUAAAAUAGUGUUUUCCUCAUUACAAAACAAUGAAGCAUAAAAAAUGCGUUGUCUUUGUUGUAUUAAAAAUCUCAUUGCUUUAGCAAAAUGUUAAAUGAAAAUAUUGAAAAUGUACCCA